GGACCCGAAUUCCACCGGAAAAACCUACUUUAUCGAUCUCACACUUUGUUAUAAGAAUCCCGACGGGCAUCUCGUCUAUCCGUUGCCGACAUAACCACUGAGUCACGCUUGGGUGCCGUGGUCAUGGAAGAUCAGCCAGAAGCAAGUGGAAGCAGCUCUCGUGCCGCCAGACCAUCUUCCAAUGAAGUUCGCCUCGGUCGCAGGGUCCUCGAGCUGGAGCAUGAGAGAGAUACUUUGUUGGCUGAGAUCAGGGAUCUGCGAUCACGCCGUUCCUCCGAGGGUGCUUCGUCUUCUUCUUUGGCAGCUCAGACCUCCUCUCAACCUCGCAUGGCCAUCCCAGACGAGUUGCUACCGACGUUGACCCUCCUGCGUAAUCACAUACGGGAUCUGACUAGAGACAACGAAGCUUUACGAUAUACAUUUGUUGGCAUCAGCUCCAAUCCAUCUGCGCUGAAUGAACGUGAUGCGGGUCCAUCGAGAAGCCUGGUCGACUUGGGAGAGGUCGUAGUCAGAGUUCGGGAACUCAUGCAGGAGAAUGAAGAAUUGGGUCAGAUGAUCAUAGAAGCAGGCCGAUCCAGCGACGAAGAGUGGCAGAAACUCAUUGCUGAUGCCAGAAAGGUUAUUGAAUCGCUCGAAUCCGAUCUCGAGCAACACGCCAAUAUCGUCGAAUCGCAAAGAGCCGAGAUUGAUCGAUACAAAGCUGAGAUAGAAAGCCUCAGAUCUCCAGCGUCUUCAUCGUCUAGACCCCGAUUUUCGGGUGGAUCAUCCUAUUCUCCGCUGUCACACGAUAUGGGCACCGAGUAUGGAUCCAGCUCAUCCCAUGUUCACGGUCAGGGGCGGAAUCAGCGUUCAAUGACGAAUGAGUCUAGGAACAGCAAUAGGUCCAAGGAUGGCAGACCAUCGAGUGGUCAUGGAUCUAGAGGGAAUAUGAACAGGAGACAGGAUGGAGACCGGGAGAGGGACAAGGACCGAUCUGGGCCGAGGGAUAAGGGGAGGUCUUCCGACCGCCGACAGAGUAACACAGGAAAUACGCAGAGACAGAUCGGGCAGAACCCUCGUGUUGGGCCUUCGGAGACACGCGACGAGCAAGAUGGGCUCGAAAGCGAAUUACGUGGUCUCAACAUCAGGGAUGCGCAAUCAAAACCGGCACCCCAGCAGCCGAAGAGAACGAGAGGCCCGGGGCAGUCUUGACAGGGGACGGGCGGGCUCGUUGCCAAGCUGAGACUAUAUUUGGAGGUCUGCUGUGUUGUCUGGGGA